UAAAAAAAAAAGUGAGAAAUUGGGUUAAUAGUAGCCACGAGAUGGCGCGAAAGCAAAGGGAAGAAGAAGAAGGUGCCGAAGUUGAAGAAUGUCCCUUCACGUCACGGAGCUACUGCACCUCCAUCCACAUUCACUUUCAUUUCUCUCAAAAAAUUCAUCAAAAAUGGCGUUUACCGAUCAAAUUCCUAACUAGUUCAUUCUUCAAUUCAUGAACCUUUCAACUUAGACCUCUACAAUGGGGACUCCGGAAAAUAUUAUUGUGGGUUCUCAUGUCUGGAUUGAAGACCCAGAGGUAGCUUGGAUUGACGGACAGGUAUUAAAAAUCAACGGAAAGGAUGCUGAAAUAGAAACUUCCGAUGGAAAAAAGGUUGUUGCAAAUUUAUCGAAAAUAUUUCCCAAGGAUAUGGAAGCUCUUCCUGGUGGAGUGGAUGAUAUGACUAAACUGUCCUAUUUGCAUGAGCCUGGAGUCCUGCAGAACUUAAAGGCUAGAUAUGAAUUGAAUAAAAUAUAUACUUAUACAGGAAAUGUUUUGAUUGCAAUAAACCCAUUUCAAAAACUGCCUCAUAUUUAUGGUGCACAAAUGAUGCAACAAUACAAGGGAGUGCCACUUGGAGAAUUAAGCCCUCAUGUAUUUGCAAUUGCUGGUGUUGCAUAUAGGGCAAUGGUUAAUGAAGGGAAAAGCAAUUCCAUUCUGGUCAGUGGGGAAAGUGGAGCUGGUAAAACGGAAACUACAAAACUGCUUAUGCAAUUCCUGGCUUUCUUAGGUGGUAGAGCUGUAACUGACGGCAGAACAGUUGAGCAACAAGUUCUUGAAUCAAAUCCAGUUCUGGAAGCAUUUGGCAAUGCUAAAACUGUCAGGAAUAACAAUUCCAGUCGUUUUGGUAAAUUUGUUGAGAUCCAAUUUGACAAGAGUGGAAGAAUAUCAGGAGCAGCCAUCCGAACAUACCUUCUAGAGAGAUCUCGGGUCUGUCAAGUUAAUGAUCCUGAGCGAAACUAUCACUGCUUUUAUCUUCUUUGUGCCGCACCACAGGAGGAAAUUGAAAAAUACAAACUAGGAAAUCCGAAAUUGUUUCACUACCUUAAUCAGUCACAAUGCUAUGAACUGGCUGAUGUAAAUGAUGCUCAUGAGUAUCUUGCCACCUGUAGAGCUAUGGGCAUUGUUGGAAUAAGUAAAAAAGAUCAGGAAGCCAUUUUCAGAGUUGUUGCUGCAAUUCUUCAUCUGGGUAAUAUUGAUUUUGCCAAAGGAAAGGAAAUUGACUCAUCUAUUCCAAAAGACGACAAAGCCAAAUUCCACUUGAAAACAGCUGCUGAACUUCUGAGGUGUGAUGCUGAUGCCUUGGAAGAUGCAUUAUGUAAGCGUCUCAUGAUCACUCCAGAAGAAGUUAUAAAGCGGAGCCUUGAUCCGGGAAGUGCUACAGUCAGUAGAGAUGGACUGGCAAAAACAAUUUAUUCUCGGCUAUUUGAUUGGCUGGUGGACAAGAUCAAUAAAUCAAUCGGACAAGAUCCCAAUUCUAAAUGUUUGAUCGGGGUCCUUGAUAUCUAUGGUUUUGAAAGCUUCAAAUUGAACAGUUUUGAGCAGUUCUGCAUUAAUUUCACAAAUGAAAAGUUGCAGCAACACUUCAAUCAGCACAUGUUCAAAACGGAACAAGAAGAAUAUACAAAGGAGCAGAUCGAUUGGAGCUACAUUGAAUUUGAGGACAACCAAGAUGUUUUGGACCUUAUUGAAAAGAAACCCGGAGGAAUCGUUGCUCUUCUCGAUGAAGCAUGCAUGUUUCCAAAGUCAACACAUGAAACGUUUGCAAACAAGCUUUAUCAAACAUUUAAGUAUAACAAGCGCUUUAUUAAGCCAAAAUUUUCGCAAACAGAUUUUACCAUUGCUCAUUAUGCUGGAGAGGUGACAUACCAAUCUGAUCAGUUUUUAGACAAAAACAAGGAUUAUGUGGUUCCUGAACAUCAAGAUUUAUUGAUUGCUUCCAAAUGUCCUUUUGUGUCUGACCUUUUUCCACCACUCCCUGAAGAGACAUCCAAAUCUUCCAAAUUCUCUUCAAUAGGUUCUGGUUUUAAGCUACAACUACAGCAACUAAUGGAAACAUUAAGUUCUACAGAACCCCAUUACAUUAGAUGUGUGAAACCAAACAACCUCCACAAGCCUGCAAUUUUUGAGAACAUCAACAUUAGGCAUCAACUUCGAUGUGGUGGUGUGUUGGAGGCUAUCAGGAUCAGUUGUGCUGGAUACCCUACACGCCGCGCUUUCGUUGAAUUUGCGAACAGAUUUGGUCUCUUUGCCCCGGAGGCCACGGAAGCCAACUGUGAAGAAAAGAAUGUUUGCCAAAAGAUUUUGGAAAAGACAGGGCUUAAAGGAUAUCAGAUUGGAAAAACAAAGGUAUUCUUGAGAGCUGGUCAGAUGGCGGAACUAGAUGCUCGGAGAGCUCAAGUACUUGGUAAUGCAGCAAAAGUUAUCCAACAGAACAUACGGACCCAUCAAACUCGGAAACAUUAUCUUGCAUUGCAAAAGAAGACCAUAUAUUUGCAGGCUUGGUGGAGAGGAAGACUAGCAUUCAAACUCUUUGAGAAAAUGAGAAGGGAAGCUGCUGCUGUGAAAAUUCAAAAGAACAUACGCAGUUAUGAAGCUAGGAAGGCAUAUAAAGAACUUCAUAUGUCAGUAGUUACUAUGCAAACAGCUUUAAGAGCCAUUGCUGCCCGCAAGGAGUUCAGAUUUGGGAUACAGACCAAAGCUUCCAUCAUUAUUCAGGCUCGGUGGCGGUGCCACAAAGCGGCCUUAUAUUAUAAGAGGCUCAAGAAAGGCUCAAUAGUUACACAAUGUAGAUGGAGAGGACGUUUAGCUAUGGGAGAACUUAGGAAACUGAAAAUGGCUGCAACACAUUCUGGUGCACUUCUAGAAGCAAAGAGUAAGCUUCAAAAACAAGUAAAGGAACGUACUAGGUGUCUCCAACAGGAAAAAGGUUUAAGGGCUGCAAGUGAUACCAGCGCACAUCAAGAAGAAAAGAGAAAGCUUGAAAAACAAGUGGAGGAACUUACUUGGCGUCUCCAACUGGAAAAAGGUUUAAGGACAAAUCUAGAAGAAUACAAAGCACAUGAGAUAGCAAAACUGAAGAAUUCAUUGCAGGAGAUGAAGGAAAAGGUUGAUGAAACUAAUGCUCUUCUCCUCUUGGAGCGAGAAGAGAAUGCAAUGAAAACUAUCGAACUAGCAUCUUCUGUCAUUAAAGAAGCAGAUGUUCUUGUUGAAGAUCCAGAGAAGUUUAAGAAACUGAGAAUGGAAGUUGAGAGCCUAAAGACUUCACUCAAGUUAGAGAAACAGAAAGCCCAUCACUAUGAAAGGAAAUAUAUUGAAGCUAGAAUUUGUUGUGAAGAAAGAGGUAAAAGGUUAGAAGACACGGAGAAGAAGCUUCGCCAGCUCCAAGAAUCAAUGACCAGGUUUACUUCCCGGAGGACUUUAUAGCUAACUACAAAAGUCAUCUCUAAAGUUACUUCAGAGAAUCAGAUCAAUUGUUCAGGUACUCUUCAUAUUGAAAUUUGAAUACUAUGUGCAUGAAAACAAAUUAAAGCUUGGCAUUGGAUUAAAAGGGUUUCUUGUCUCUUUUGGGAGAGAGCUGCUGAAAGUCGUCAUACUGCCAUGGGUGCAAAGACAUCUUUGGAACUGCAUAUCCCAUCAAUGAACCAGAGGGGAUCCUCUGAAAUAGAGGGUAAAUCACUGAUGUCACUAAAGGAGAAACAACGGGAGAAUCAAGAGUUACUCAUUAGAUGUAUUGCACAUCCUCUAGGCUUUGCUGGGAACAGACCAAUUGCUGCUUGUAUACAAAUGUCUUUUGGAUUGGCAAGCAUCUGAAGUUGAGGGUAAUGGUACUAUUACUUUUGAUCGUAUCAUCCACUAUUGUCCAUGCAAUUGAGACCCAGGAUAACAAUGAUGUUUUGGCUUAUUUGUUAUCCAAUGCCUCUACACUUCUCUUGUUAAUCCAUAACAUACUCAAAGCAAGAGGUUUUGCUGGAAUGGCUCCACAGCACUGCCGUUCUUCAUCAAUAUCCCUGUUUGGGAGGAUGACUCAAGAUAGUGGACAACAAUCUUUCCCUAAUCAAUGGUAGCACAAGCAGGGGAGUAGAUGUUAAGACAAGUUGAAGCUGAGUACCCAGCUCUUCUUUUCAAACAGCAGUUCACAACCUAUGUGGAAAAGAUAUUAUGGAAUCAUUCGUGAUAACUUGAAGAAAGAAAUUUAUCCCUCUUGGAUUAUGCAUUCAGGCAUGGUGCAGUCAUUUACUACUGACAGAGAAAGGCACGUUGACGGGCACGCUACUUCUUCAGAGCAGCAAGCAGCCAUAUCAGGAGGGGGAGGAGCUCCAUCUAGAUAUUCAGGAUAUAGGAGAUGAUGAUGCAGAGGUAAAUGGAUUUCCCGAAGGCUGUUCUUAAGACAUAUGAAGACUACGUGGCCGGUGGGCAGUUGUCUUCAGGAGGAAGUGGAUCAAGGAGAGCUGAGGUUCUCCCGGAAGAAAAAAAAGGUGGAGGAGGUUGUCCUAGGGAGUGGAUUCUCUCCCAUUAAAGUAUGCGUGCGAUGGAAUCUCAAUCCUAUGAUAAAAAGUCAAAAAUCUAAAAAAUAUAAAAGUAUGAAAUUUUAAGGGUGUGGAUGGGCACUACUCUCCCUUCAGUCAAAUUCACACCACACCGUAGGUAAUCUUUUCCUGUUGUCCUGUAAAUGACCUGUCAGACUGUGUUGACGGGUAUAUGGAGUGGUUUUGAUGAUCUCCCAUCCUUACAUCAUUCGACAGAUCCAGAACCAACUAUUGCAGGGUCAUACAGAUUGUCAAUUCUCUACUCAACACACAAUAUUUUGCACCUAAUGGGAUUCCACUCGCAAAUGAGCUUAAUGAAUUUGUUAGUUGUAGAGAGUAGUGAUAGAUAUUGGUCAAACUCGUAGACAUACAGGAAGAAGAAAAGAGUUUGACAAAGUGAGCGUAUACAUUUAUGUAUUUGACCAAAUAUUUAACUUUAUGUAUUUGGACAGGAAACGCAACUUUAUGCAUUUGACUAUGAAAGUGCUAGUUUAAACAUUUGUUUCAA